CACGCGCUCUUCUUCAGCAGCUCGAGCGCCGCUGUGUUUAGAGGGAAAACACCGCAGGCCUGGACAAACUCCAGAAAAUAAAGAAAAAAAGAAAGACGGGGGAAAUGAAAAGAAAAAUCAGAAAUGUACUGCAGUAAAUGUUUUGGGUGCUGAUGGAUGCAGGAAUGGCAGAGCGAGCGUGUUUUUCGAGCCUGGUUAGUGAUCUGAUCCGGCACACAAAGUGGACUUUUGCUGGGCUUUAAAGUUUUGUGGAUGUUGAAUAUGCAAAAGGACUACCAACCAUCUCAAAAGAAGUUAUAUGACAAAGUUGGAUCUCUGGUAUUCUGAAUCCCAUCGACUCUUAUAUAUGUAUAUUUAUACAUAAUCGUAAAACUCAUCAUAAUCAUGCUGUGCAAAAAAUGGCUUCUCCUAGAUGUCCAAGCACAAACGUCCUAAAAACUGCUCGUACGUAUGAAACGAUGUUCCAUGGAAAGGAGCAGCUAAACAGCCACCUACAGACUCAUGACUCCAACAAGCAAGACCUGCAGUGUGAAGAGUGUGGCAAACACUACAACACUCGGCUGGGUCUGAGACGCCACGUGGCUACCCACGCCACGUCUGUGACCGGAGAUCUUACCUGCAAGGUGUGCCGUCAGGUUUUUGGAAGCAUGCCGACUCUUCUCGAGCACCUGAGCACUCAUACCGGCCGACCUCCACCAGGCGUAGCCGUGCGGGAGCGAAAGCACCAGUGUGAGCGCUGCGGCCGGCGCUUCUUCACUCGAAAAGAUGUGAGGCGUCACGCUGUGGUGCACACAGGCAGAAGGGACUUCCUGUGCCCUCGCUGUGCUCAGCGCUUCGGCCGACGUGACCACCUUACCCGCCACUUGAAGAAGAGUCAUGCCCAGGAGCUGGACGUCCUCACGUCUGCACCCUCCAGUGUGGUAAAGGAAGAACCAAGUCUGACCAUGUGCACCUCGGGAUCCCCUAAGGAUGCCUCGGAAGCCUUUUCGAUGGGUAUAUUCAACCCCCAAGGUCUGCAGAGUGCCUCUGCCUCCGGCGUCAGUCACCAUCACCCUGUGGUACCUGGGUCCCUAUCCAGCCCAAUGGGUGUGGGCUGCUAUUUUGAGCCAAGCAAGCACCAGCCCCACCAGUACCACGAGGCUCAGCGAUACCAGCCUGCCUCCGCUACCUCAUAUCUGAAAGCUGAGAUGGAGAACUUCCUGAAUGAGCUCCAGUGCGGCCCGAUGCCACCUCAGGCUACAGUUGCAACCUCUGCAUCCAGACCGAGCGACCUUCUUCCUGAUAGCCUGGGAGGUCCGAGUGCCCACUUCACCCUCAGGAACUCCUUCACCACUGCCGAGCCUUCGCCUACCGCUGCUAACGUGGACCUCUCACCACUGCUGGGCUUCCUGCCAUUUGGCCUCCCACCGUACAGUUCAGGGGGCCUUGUGAUGGGAUACUCUACCACUACCACAGAUUGCUCGCCGACUCCUACCUCUCAGCUCUCUGGGCCACUCGCCUCGUUUCAGCCACAGCCGCUGCACGAGCCUCAGGCCUUGGGGCAUUUAAAUCAGCCUCCUGGUUUCUCUCCUACUCUACCUCGAUUCCAUCAGGCCUUCCAACAGUGAUGUUUCUUUUAAACCUGAGUGACAAGUAUUCUUGCCAAAUGGCAUACACAUAAAUCGAAGCACUCAGUGGACUUGUUCGAUUGAAGGCUCUUACUUUACAGUUACUGCUCACUAAAUUCUGUAGAAUAAUAAUAAUUUCUGAGAAUUUGGGAUUGACUAGAGGUUGUUUUAGAGUAGUUUUGACUUCGUUUUUUGUUUUUUUUUUCUUAGUAGGUCAACAGUUUAUUUGGUUGUAGUGAUUUUACGGUGUUAUUUAGAUCGAUUUAGUAUUGAGAAGUCCGCAUUGAACUAAACUGAGGAAAUACAAUGCUGUGCAAAAACUCAGAGACCACCGUUUAUUCAACUUCCAGUCAAGAUGGCAGUUCAAUGAAAGUUCUUAAUUUCUCCACAUCAGUAAUGCAGGAAACGUGUAUUUAACUGGAAACUAAACAAAAGCCGUACAAAAGUACGUGAAUUUAUGUGUGCGUGGAUGUAUUCCUGCUUAACACACAGUGUUCCUCGGAUACUCUCCACUGCAAUUCACGCCAGAAGCCAACACAACUACGCUCUUUACAAUUUUAAAUCUAG